AUUUAAGACCACUAGCCCUUCCGCCUUCUUCACGAUUGGGCGUUUUCUUAGGGUUUUCGGGCGGCGCUAUCUCCCCUCCCUCGACGGUCUAUCGUAACAAUGACUGCCCCGACGCAAGAGGAGCUCCUCGCCGCACACCUCGAGCAGCAAAAAAUCGAUCCAGAUGAGCCCAUAGUUGAGGAGGAGGAUGAUGAUGAUGAUGAUGAGGAUGAUGAUGACAAGGAUGAUGAUGUUGAAGGACAAACAGGAGAUGCUGCUGGAAGGUCCAAGCAAAGCAGAAGCGAGAAAAAGAGCCGUAAGGCCAUGCUGAAGCUCGGGAUGAAGCCGAUUCCUGGUGUCAGUCGAGUAACUGUGAAGAAGAGCAAGAAUAUAUUAUUUGUUAUAUCGAAGCCAGAUGUUUUCAAAAGUCCAACCUCAGACACUUACGUUAUAUUUGGAGAGGCAAAGAUAGAGGAUCUGAGCUCACAACUGCAGACUCAGGCUGCAGAACAGUUCAAGGCUCCUGAUCUAAGCCAUGUGAUCUCAAAGCCUGAGACAUCUGCAAUGGCUCAGGAUGAUGAAGAAGUUGACGAGACGGGGGUUGAACCCAAGGACAUCGAACUGGUCAUGACCCAGGCUGGGGUUUCAAGGUCCAAGGCAGUCAAGGCACUCAAAGCUGCAGAUGGUGACAUUGUCACUGCAAUCAUGGAGCUUACUAAUUAAAGCUUUGGAUUUGAGUUUGUCUACAACCUUUUGUUAUCUUUCUUGUCUUCUCGAGGAUAUAACAGCUGAAUGUUAUUUGAUCGUCAAGAGUUUUCAACUGUUUGUUGUAUAAGUAGGGUGAACCGUUAUCUGUGCUCAAGUAGGUCUGCUGGUGGUUCUCGCUCA